GUUCGACCCUUUUGCUGGUCCUGCCUGCUUUUCUAUGCUUUUAGGACAUCGCCGAGGUGGUGAUCCAAAAGCACAACUCCGAAAUGAUUGUACAACACCUUUAUCAACAUGAUGGUGUUCCACAUCCUGUGGCUCUAUGUCUUCCCCAGUUUACUCCAUCCAUCCAUAUAGAAUCAGCUUGAUCAUGUUUGAUCUAUCUCCACUGAGGAGAUAUGGCUUUGGGCUUUUGGCCCUUCGACCCCAACCUGCCGGCGCUCCGCGCGCCGCUGCUGAGUGCCCUGGGCGCGGACCCAAAGGCCUCGGACGCGCGCUUCGAGGCGAUGCGCGGCUUCCACGGAGGGCUCAAUGAGGGCGCCUGGGCGAAGGACGAGGCGUCAGCGGCGGGCCAGAACUUGGUGUUGAAGUUGGUGAAGUACGAUAGGUUUGCUCCGCCGCAGUUGAUUGAGGAACGGAUGUUUUCAAAGCUCUACCAGGAGAUCCCUCACAUUGCGGAGGAUCCCAGUGUGGCCUUCCCCACAAAGGUCUUCAGACUGCUUGGUCCCAACAAUGUGCGGCGCCACGAUCUCAUCGUGAUGCGCCGGGCUCCCGGGAAGUCCUUGGAGAUCAUCAUCUCCGAGAAGUGGAGGACCAAUCGCAAGGGCGACAUCAUGAAGAUCUUCUCGCAAGUGGGGGAGUGCUUUGCACGUUUCCACAGGCGGUACGGUGGACGGCAGCACAAUGAUGCCGGAACCCAGAAUGUCCUCUACGACGAGGAGACGCAACAAGUGACCCUGAUCGACUUGGGGGGCAUGGGAAACAAGACGGACAAGACCGACGUGGAGCGCCUGUGUCAGGCUUUGGCCGCACCGUUCGGUCGGAGCCGGACGGACCGGGGACCGGGACCCGGACCGGACCGGCGGUCGUACCGGCGGCAUUGUGUUGUGGGAGGGGGACCACGUGCUUUUCCUUGUUUUGGACUCUUAGACGUUUGCUUGAACCACCACAGCAUUGUACGGGGGAGGGGCAAGUAUGGGGCAAGUCAUCCAAUGAGAAUCGAUAUGAGAGACCUUUUUAGGGUCCCGUGA